AUGGAUGGCCGCAUCUGUACUAGAGGAGUCAUCUUCCGAUCCACGCAUUCCGGAGUAGCACGGAGGGUGGUGCCACCACGACCACGAGGCGAAGCUCCGGAUGGUGGUUGGCGCAGACCGCGUCACCGAUUUACCAUCGAGGGAGUCGCAUCCAGAACUCAAGGAGCCGAGGCCUUUCCUGGCGCCAGGCGGCAAACGUGGUACAGACAGAUCUCUGACAGGCGGCAGCAGGGAAGCAACUCCGCGCUGCCUCAGCGUGCAAACAGCCUCGAUCCGAAUGAGCAUGCGAACCCGCCGUGCAGUCUGAGUAUCGUGCCUGGAGGCAGCUCCUUCCUGAAGGGAAGCUUCAGUGGCUCUGCACAGCAUGGAACUCGUCUGCCAUCAAAGGAGGAGCCACCAAGUCGGAACAGGAGCAUUGGUGGAUCGCAGAUGCGGUGGACUCGGCAGAGAUCGCCUGGUACAUCUGGUGAGCAAUGGACACACUGGAAUGGUCUUCUUCCCGACGUUCCGGGUAUCCCUACGACAAGCCAUGCGGCCCAGGAGAUGCCCGCACGAGAUGGCAGCACCAUUCAUAUUCCUCCAGAGCUUCUGUCAGGUGAGCAGGAUGCAGAAUCCAUGAUUUCCAGUGCCAGCUUCGUGGCAUUCGCCGAGGCACUGGUUGAGAACUGUGGCUCACUCGUGAGGGCCUUCAACUUCUUCGACUACAACCACACGGGCAAGGUCACCCGCACCCAGUGGGAUGCAGGAAUCUCCUCCUUGCACAUUGACCUUCAGGCUUUGUGUGGGGUGUCGACCAAGCAGGUCUAUAAGAUGAUGGACUGCAUUCGCGGACACGGCAAAGGCGAAGUCCAGCUUGAUAAGUGGAUCGCCUUCUUCGAACAGCAGCUGACGCCCCUGCACGCGCAUCUGCUCGACGAAGACCGCGGUGACAUGCGAAAUCGGCGCUGGAGCCAAUCCAGCCAAACAAGCCAGAGCAGCCGCGGACGUCGUCCCAGUUUCAGCAACCGAGCUAGCGAGGAGGUUCGAGCAGGACGCGCUUCCAGCAAAUCCGCAAGGAGUGCCAGCAAGCGCAGUGGCGCUGCAGCAGAAACCGCUCCGGUUGACUAUGCAGCAACAGAGGUUUCAUCCGGACAAGAUGUCGAAAGGAAGCCGGUAUCUGGUGCCUCAGGCACUGCGAAUCCCGCGAGCGAGAAUCAGCGAGACUGCGAAGAAGGAAGCGCUUCCAGCAAAUCUGCAAGAAGUGCCAGCAAGCGCAGUGGCGCUGCAGCAGAAACCGCUCCGGUUGACUCUGCAGCAACAGAGGUUUCAUCCGGACAAGAUGUCGAAAGGAAGCCGGUAUCUGGUGCCUCAGGCACUGCGAAUAACGCGAGCGAGAAUCAGCGAGACUGCGAAGAAGGAAGCGCUUCCAGCAAAUCUGCAAGAAGUGCCAGCAAGCGCAGUGGCGCUGCAGCAGAAACCGCUCCGGUUGACUAUGCAGCAACAGAGGUUUCAUCUGGACAAGAUGUCGAAAGGAAGCCGGUAUCUGGUGCCUCAGGCACUGCGAAUAACGCGAGCGAGAAUCAGCGAGACUGCGAAGAAGGAAGCGCUUCCAGCAAAUCCGCAAGGAGUGCCAGCAAGUGCAGUGGCGCUGUGCAGUUGCAGGUUCCAGAUUGCGAUUCGCCAGCAGAGGCUGAUGCCACUGAAUGCGCUGAUACCUUUUUGAGCCGGUCUUCCAACCAGGUCAUCGACACGGCAGAGACGGAGAUGGUCCCAGGAAGACCAGAGCCAGACGAGCCAUGCGAGUCAGCCAUGCUAGCAGUCAGGAAAGAAGGCGACGAUCCUGGAGCGAAGCACAGCGAGGUAGAGGAGGAGGAGGCGCUUCCCGUUGGGGUCGUCGUUCAACCCCCUUUGCAGGAGACUGAUGCGACGGGUGUCUCGCAAGAGCUUCUGAAAGCCUUGGCAGCACCAACAUCCGAGCUUGACCUUUACGAGCUAAGCAGCGCAGACAUGGAAGCAGUGCUCCAACAAGAUGAGCUCAAUCAGGACUUAAAGAGACUGAACCUGGCUGGUAUUGAAGCGCUUGCCUACGUUUUGAUGCUCAAGCACGGAUCGCUGAAGCGUGCAUUCAACUGGUUUGACACCCACCGGAAGGGCAAGUUUAGCCAUGUGGUGUGGUCCACAGGCAUGGUUCUCCUCAGGAUAGAUCUGGAGACCCUCACAGGCAUGAAGCCUGCACAGGUUUUCCACCUCAUGGACGGGAAUCCAGUAAACGGUUUUGUCUCGAGGAAGGAGUGGAACCAUUUCUUCGAAGCUCUUGAAGAGGGUCGGCUCUUGGAGUUGCUCGAAAGAGUUGCCAAAGAGCAGGGUACUAUUACGCAGCGGGUGAAGAGCCGCACCGAGAAGCUGGAAGCAGAACGGCCGAUCCGCCAAGCGAAGCCUUCCGAGCAGCCGGGGCCGAACGAGCGCAGACGCUCGAGGCGACUUUCUGUUCCUGUGGUUACUCAGCUCGUACACAGCACGGAAAGAUCUGCUGAUGAUGAUGCCAGCUGCAAGGAAGAGGAGGACCGUUUCCGCAAGAGAGCACAGCGUGCUCUGGGUACCUUAGCCGUCGGAGAUGCCUUGACUUAUGCCAAUGACACCUUCACCAAGUGGCAGACCGACGACCACAAAGAAAGUGUCUUGUCUCGUGGAGCAGGGCAAUCGUUGCUGUCGGAGCACCUCCUCCCUGAAGAGAAAUGUGAUAUAAUCGAGGAGAUCGCCGAUGAGAUGGGGUUGUGGGUCCCGUCGUAUGAGAGCGACGCGGCGUCCAAGUCGAAGGCUGAUCUGGGACGCUCCGGCACGGUGGCGCUAAACCCUGGAGCCCGAGGAGACACUGCGGCCAUAGUCGUGUGCCACCUGCGCAAUUUCGCCGACGAAGCCGGCGACAAGCUCAAGAAGGUCAAGGGAACUCACGGCCGCCUGGAGUUUCCGCAGUCUCUAAAGCGGACGCAACGCUUCGUCGUUCAUGCGCUUGCUGCAGAGCUGGAUCUCAUAACUCUGUCAGAGGGCUUUGGUCGCGAGCGACGAAUCGUUGCUUACGACCUGGGAGACUUUGCACAGAACCUCCGCAGGAUAUUUCUGGACAUUGGGCCAGGGGAGUCCAAGGCCUUGUCGGAGAAUCUCUCUGCUGCGCAGCGACAGCUGGUGCACACCAUGGCCCUGGAGAUGGGUCUUUCGGUCAGUGGAAACGGCAAUUCGGGAUUGCAGGUUUGCAAUCUGCAGCAGUUCAAGGCGGAGGUGCAGGAUCAGCUCGCGCGCCUCGCGGGCGGAGAGGUGAUCGACUUCGGCACGACUCUGUCUGAGCAGGAGAGGCAGGUCGUUCACGAGACCUCGGCAGCUCUUGGAUUAACGACGGAAACGCAAGGCCGAGCGCGACUGCUGAAGGUGGCAAAUCUGCGGGAGUUCCUCGCGGCUGCGCAAGCCAAAAUGCAGGCUCUCAAGGACCCGAAGGAGAGACUUACUCUCGGACCACCGCUUACACCCAUGCAGCUUUCGGCGUUGGAGGACAUGGCUUCCGAAGCGGGCUUGCACUUCGCAAGGAGAACAUCUGAUGGGGUGACGCUGGUCGUGUCGAAGUCGGAGAUCCCACCGCCUGGAGACGUGGAUGUCACGGAUCCAGCUGCGGAUGCGAGGUCCGUGACCGCUGCGCCGACUCGGCCUCCCGGCGUGCACAAGGUGCAUGAGAAAAGACAUGCCGCUGACGAUUGCAUUGACCCAGCACCGCCAGAGAGAGACUCUCAGGUGUCGCUGAUAACAGAGGUCUUCGAGGUGUACUCUACCGGCCAUCAUCGCGGACAGCGAACCUUCCUGCGCUUCUCAGACUUGCGAGAAUUUGCAGAGGACUUGAGGGAGGUCCUGCCUGAGGUGCGCAAGAACUUUCACAAGUUCACAGGCGAGCUUGAGAACAUCUACGAUGACACCCAGCAGCUGCAGUGUGACAUGGGCGACCACUCCUCUAAAGGACUCACGCUGCGCUUCUUUCAGGUCUUCGUUCAGAAGGUGAUUCGAAGGCUAGGCCCGAGCAUCGUUGGCGCCCUCGGUGCGUUGGUCGACGGGCGCGACCGCUUUUAG